AUGACGAGCUCGGUAGAGCAAGAGAUAUUCAACGCUGGAGAGCGGAACACCCAACUCCUCGAAACGCUCGCCAGCACAGACGGCGCCGGGUCGGCGCUCGCUGAACACAAGCGCUUCCUGCAAGACCUGCAGGACCAACUGAAGCAGUCGAACAAGCGCAUCCAGAAACUCGACGCAGAACGGCAAAAGCGCCUCGGCGAGCACGAAAAAUACCGCGACAGCCACGUGCGGCGGUUCGUGUUCAAGGCGUCGGGCAAAAAGGAGAAGUUUGCGCAGCGCGCCGAGGACGGCGAGCGCGAGUACUUUAAAGCGCUGCAGGACUCCCAGCAGGAACACGGCGUCAACGACUCCAUCACGGCGCAAGUCGACGAUGCCCAGCGCGCCGAACCAGAGCUGCAGGCCGAGGUGGACAGGCACGACAGGGCGCAAAAGGAACUCGACAGCCUCUACGCCCGCAUCUUUGACGGCCCGACGCCGCAGUUCCCGGAGGAGGACGCGCGGGAGCAGCGGUACGCAGCGGCGCUGCACGCCCACCAGCGGACGCGCGCGCGGUUCGACGCCGAGACGCAGGCCGUCGCGCAGCUCAACCUCGCCGACCGGGCCAUGACGCGCGCGCUGCAGGAGAUUGACCAGGCGCUGGGCUACUCGCGCAUGGACAUGUUUGGCGGCGGCGCCAUGUCGGACAUGAUGGAGCGCAGCCACCUGUCGCAGGCGGACCGGCUGGUGCUGCUCGCGCGCAACCACGCCGAGCGGGCGCGGCGCGCGUCGCCGCAGGUGCGCGACCUGCCCGAGGUGCACAUCAACCACGGCAGCAUCAUGUCGGACGUCUUCUUCGACAACAUCAUGACCGACUACGCGUUCCACCAGGAGAUCAAGCGCGGCCAGCAGGAGCUCCUGCGCUGCUACAACUGCCUCCAGGACCUGGGCAGCUCGGCGGACGCGAGGCGGCAGACGCUGCAGGAGCAGCUGGGGAGGCAGGAGCAGGAGCUCAAGGCGGCGCGGGCCGAGCUGCAGCGUGCGAGGGAGGAGGUGUUUCGGUCGGUGCUGCGAGGACAAGGCGGCGGCGAUGACAUUGGAGGGAAUGGUGUCGGAGGGAAUGGUGUGGCAGAGGCGCCGCGAAGAGUAGACUCCUUGCCUCCGGCGUACGAAGCGACUGUGCAAAGAGAUGCCGCCCCGGCUUAUGAGGCUGGAAAUACUUUGACUGCUGUGCCGGACAAGUCGUAA